AGAAGGGACUGUGAAAUGGUGGUAAAGCCCUCAGUGCUCUGGUCCCAGAUUUCCGGCGGGGAAGCGUCGCUCUCGGGAAGUUGUUCCUGGAAGAGAAAGGGCCGGGGGUCGAGCUCAGGCUGCUAGAGUUGCUGCAUGGCGCUGCCAGGUGGAAAUAAAGAUAACAUCAGGGCAGGGUGCAAGAAAUGUGGUUAUCCUGGUCAUCUGACGUUCGAAUGCCGUAAUUUUCUCCGAGUGGAUCCCAAAAGAGACAUUGUGCUAGAUGUCAGCAGCACAAGCAGCGAGGACAGUGAAGAGGAGGAACUGGGGAAACUGCAAGCUGUCCCAGAAAAACAGAGUAUUGGUGAGGAAGAAGACAAGAAGAAGGUCAAAAAGAAGCAUAAGGAAAAAUCAAAAUUAAAGAAAGCAAAGAAAAGGUCUCAUUCUUCAAGUGCCACAGAAGAGGAUGAGCCUAAAUCGAAAAAACAAAAAUCCCACAAAAAGGAAAAGAAGAAGGAAAAAAAGAAUAAAUCCAAGAAAAGAAGACAUCACCACAAAAAGGGGAAGAAGAAGCAGAAGAAGGGGGGAGAUUCUUCAUCCUCUGAUAGUUCUGACUCUUCCAGCAGUGACUGAGAAGCAAAACUAGGAUAAUGUGGAUUCAUUCCAGUUCAUAUUGUGAACCAGUUAAUAUAUUUUUUUACUGAAAAAAAUGUUAUUUAUAAAUAUGUCUCUCGCUUAUAUAAACUACUUUUCAAAGCUCAAAGAAA